AUGAUUUCCGUUUCCUUGCCGACCGUCUCGGUCGGCUCUAACAUCUUCUUCGCUCUCGCUCUCUGUCUCAUCUCCCUCUUGGUCCUCUUUCUCUUGCGCCGUUUCCUCACCCUGCGCGCCACUCCCGCCUAUUUGAUAUUCCCAAUCUUCUUCGCCCUCGCCCUCCCUGCCAGUGUCAUCCUUCUCGUUCCCAUCGACUUGGCCUCGAGUUCCCGCGAUGGCAGCGGGGCCAAGGCAAUCUGGUUGCCGGACCGCGUGGUUCUCGUCUGUUGGCGCAUUGCCUACUGGCUGAUCUUUGUUCUCACUUGGGCUAUCCUUCCUCUUCUCGGCGAAUAUGUCGACUCCGGAUAUCGUGAACCCAAGGCCCGCAUCAUAUACUCCCUCCGCUCCAACGCUCGCUACCAAUUGACCGUCCUGGGGUGUGCAACAGUCGGACUGGUAUACGUCGUCAUCUCCAAUGGUUUUGAUUUCCGCUCCAUCAAGGGUGUCGUCAUGGCUGCAGCCUACGUCUGGGGUCUUGUGCUUGCCAUCUACCUGAUGGGUCACGGCUUGGUUGCCAUUCCACGGAAUCUCUUCCGCAAUGCUAAUGUCAGCGGUCGCCUGCGACGAAUUCAAGCACAUGCCCCGAAGGUACAUGAUCGACUGAUGGACGCGGUCAACGAGCUGGAGAGCCUCAACUCCCAGGUCGCCCAGCUGCAGAAACGCAAAACCGGAACUGCUCGCGACUUCCAAGAAUGGAUCGAAGACCUCUCUGAGACCCCCGGGGAUUCCGAUGUCCGCGCUCCUAUCCUCGAAUCUGCCGAAACCUCCGGCACUGUGCCUUCGGUCAUCACAGAACGGUACCUGGCUGAUAUGACGAGACGCCUGCAGCGCGCCCGACACAUGAAGGCUCGCUUUGUGGAUGAGUGGGAUCGUGUCGUUCAGUCUGCCACAGAUCUCCAGUCUAUUAUCAACUCUGCCGCCUCAAAGAAGCUCGAUUUUGGUGCUGCCCCGCGUCGGUCAUCUUGCCUCCCGCGGAUGAAAUUCUUGACUCCCUAUAUGCGCUAUCAUCUCUACUCGAACGUCAUACCGACUCUGAGGCUCGCCUUUGGUGCUUUUUUUGCAGUGGUUUCGGGCUGCAUCGUUUGGUCUGAGUUGAUUAAGUCUUUGGCCCCAUCUGUAUCGGCCAUCACAUUGACUGUGGUUCCGCAUUGGAAGGACGAGAAACCAGUUGGAUUUUGGAGCCAAGUCAUAGCCUCUGCCUGGCUUCUCUACAUGUGUUCCGCCGCGCUCGUCGGUGUGAACGAUGCGAAAGUUUGGGGCAACCGUGCCCUCGUACGCCGCAAUACCUACGGCGAAAGUGCCUGUUGGUACGCCAGCUUGGUGGCUCGACUGACCGGAUUUGAUUUCAUCUUCCCCAUCUUCAUCCUCAUCCCCGUUUGCGCCACCCUGUUCAACCUCUACGGCCGCAUCAAGAAUGUUUUCGGUUUCGGUCUUUCUGAUGAUGAGGAUGACGUGGAGAACAACCCCUCCGGCUUCGGAAUGGGUGGCUGGCGCGAAGGCCGUGAUCUAAUCGAACGCGAGAUGAAUGGUUUCGGUUCUUUGGCCGUGUCCUCCCGCGGCGCCCGAUCGACCUGGGCAUCGGACCGCAGUGACGAUGGCUCAAAUGGCUCGUCCCGACUACGCGUUCCCGCGGCGGAGGGCUCCCGAUCUCCCCGACCUGCCCAGUCACAAAGACCCAUGACUGCCCCUCAAGUCGUCGACAACGAGCAAGAGGAAGAAGAGAACUUCUUCCAGUCCUUCGCGCACCGCAUGCGAAACACUUUUGAAACCGCCAACAAACCCCAGUGGAUUGAAAACGCUCAUCUUCCUCGCUGGAUGUCUGGCGAUAACAACACCACUGAGGAAGGUGGGAUUACGAGAUUAUUCGGCGGUAGCGCUGUGCCUGGUCGCCUGCGGCUAGGCUAG